GCCACCCGAGAACCUCUUGCGUCCUGAGCAGUGAAUGCCGAACAAGGCUCCCAACCCGUUUCUCUUCGUCGGCCUCUCCCUCGCGUCCUUCGGCGCGUUCUACCUCCUCGCACGGCACCGCGCAACAACCUACCCCGCCUCUCAGCAGCCCCGCCAGCACGACAACCCCCUCGUGCCCCCGCUCCAUCCUGGUGACGGUGACAAGGCGUCUAAGAAUUAACGUAUGCGACUAGGCGCUCUGACGAUGCCCAUCCUCGACAAGCUCUCGCACGCGCUGCACCUCGACAAGAACAAGAAGGACAAGAAGGACAAGAAGGCUGCUGAGAAGGCCUCUGAACCCGAGUCGUCGAAGCCUGCUACAGAGCCUCCUGCGAGCACCAGCGCGAACACGGAACCGGCACCCUCGGCGACAGCGGAACCUGCCUCAGCGACUCUCGAAGCUGCCCCCGCUACAACCGACGAACCUGUGCCUGCAAUGAGCGCAGAGGAGAAGACUCGGGUGUUUGAUAAGAGCGGAGUCACCGUCAUCUUCGUGCUCGGCGGACCUGGUGUUGGCAAGGGCACGCAGUGCGCCAACCUUGUGAAUGACUUUGGCUUCUGCCACCUCUCCGGUGCGCGCUCUGGCUCGGCUACUCCCUGCGUGUACCUGACUGAUGCGCGACACGUAGCCGGCGACCUGCUCCGAGCAGAGCAGAACCGCGAGGGAUCCGAAUAUGGCGAGAUGAUCCGCACGUACAUCAAGGAGGGCCAAAUCGUGCCCAUGGAGGUGACAAUCAAACUCCUCGAGAACGCCAUGAAGGCUGCGCUCGCCGAGGGCCGGUCGGGCGAAGGUUGGGCGGAUGGUAAGGGCCGCUUCCUUAUCGACGGGUUCCCUCGGAAGAUGGACCAGGCGGAGAAGUUCGAUGAUGAGGUGUGCGAGUGCUCGUUGGUAUUGUUCUUCACAACGACAGAAGAGGAGAUGUCGAAGCGGCUGCUCAAACGUGGUGAGACGAGUGGACGGGAGGAUGAUAACGCAGAGAGUAUCAAGAAGCGUCUCCUCGUGUACCAGGAGAAGACGAUGCCUGUCAUCGAACACUACACCAAGCUACACAAGGUUGCCUCGAUCGACGCCUCCGCGACCAUCGAAGAAGUGCACCAGAAAGCAAAGGCUAUUGUGGAGGGAGUCCUCUCCGGCGCAGUCAGCCGCAACAUCACUGCAUAAUGUCUUUGCGUUUUAUACACUAUCAGCUUGGUGGUCGGUACGCAGAAACAGGGCUAACCUCAUGAACAAU